AUUCCCACUUGCAAUAUCUUCAGCAAGACGUGUAUCACUCAACACCUUUGUUUUGGACGCAUGAAAGUUACGCGUUUUGGUAAAGGUGGAUUUAGUAGGUCCACCACUAAAAACUUCUCCGGGUCAUGUGGCCUACCAAGCAGCACUAACUCUGAAACUUAUCAAGUUUCUUCCUUGGUUGGGUCACGUGUUUAAAGACUUAUUGGUAGCUUCAUUGAUUUUCAUCCUCUGUGUUCCUCCAAGCUCAGUUCCUCAAAGUGUCUGGUUUUGUACCUGAAGAGGCUCUUCGGCUACUGAUACUCUGUCUUUCGGGGUCUUCGGAGAGCGAAGCAAAUCUGGGCUGCUUUAACUGUUGACAGGCAAGACACCAUGAGAAGACUUUGGCUUCUGGUUUUAGUGAUUUUUUACAAUGAGUUAUUUCUGUAUGGAGUUAAAACAAGCGCUUCUGGAGCACCCAAUGUUGUGAACAUUGGGGCAAUUCUCUCAUUCAAAUCUACCAUUGGGAAGGUUGCUAAAGUGGCGAUAGAAACUGCUGUCAAAGAUGUGAAUUUGGAUCCAGCUGUUCUUGGUGGAGCUCAGCUUAAGGUUAAAAUGCAGGACACCAAUCGCAGUGGAAUUCUGGGCAUUGCUGAGGCCUUACAGUUCUUGGGAGCUGAAUCAGUGGCCAUAAUUGGUCCACAGGAUUCUGUUACCGCUCAUGUAGUCUCCCAAGUUGCAAAUGAGCUUAAAGUUCCUCUACUGUCAUUCUCAGCUGCAGACCCUACCUUGUCUUCACUUCAGUUCCCAUUUUUUGUUAGGACUACCCAGAGUGAUCUUUACCAGAUGGCUGCAGUGGCCGAAAUCGUGAACUACUACGAUUGGAGGGAGGUAAUAGCAAUCUAUGGAGAUGAUGACUAUGGAAGAAAUGGGAUAGCUGCAUUAGGAGAUAAGCUUGCUGAGAAACGUUGCAAGAUAUCAUUCAAAGCACCUUUGAGCCCUCAAGCAACCCAAACUGAAGUCACUGAUUUACUGGUUAAAGUGGCUUUAACUGAGUCUCGGAUUCUUAUUGUUCAUACUUUUGCCAGUUGGGGUCCUGUGGUGUUUCGCGUGGCUAAAUACCUCGGGAUGAUGGGACCUGGGUAUGUUUGGAUAGCUACUAACUGGCUUUCUACUUCCUUGGAUACUAAUUCUCCUCUUCCUCCGGAUGUGAUGACCGACUUUCAAGGUGUUCUUACGUUGCGUAUGCACACACCAGAUUCGAAACUCAAAAGGAAAUUUGUUUCCAGGUGGAAGAACUUAACUAAGGGCAAUACAUCUGACGCACAAAUUGGUUUAAGUACUUAUGGUCUCUAUGCAUAUGAUACAGUUUGGCUGCUUGCUCAUGCAAUUGAUUCUUUUUUCAAGCAGGGUGGCAAAAUUUCAUUUUCAAAGAAUCCCAAAUUAGCAGAUCUACAAGCACGAAACUUGCAUCUUGAUGCAAUGAAGAUCUUUGAUGGAGGGGACUUGUUGCUUCAGAAUAUUUUACAGGCUAAUGUGACUGGCAUAUCAGGCCCUAUCAAGUUCAUCUCAAAGGACCUUAUAGAUCCUUCAUAUGAAAUCAUCAAUGUGGUUGGAACGGGAUAUAGAAGGGUUGGUUAUUGGUCAAAUUAUUCAGGUUUAUCAGUUGAGCCUUCGGAAACACUUUACAGAAGUCCACCCAACCACUUGAGCUCAAAUCAGCUUCUAUACAGCGUCAUUUGGCCUGGAGAGACGACAGAUAAGCCACGAGGAUGGGUUUUUCCUAACAAUGGAAGACACCUGCAAAUUGGAGUGCCAAACCGGGUUAGUUUUCGUGAGUUCGUCUCUGUAAAAGGCACUGAUCUGAUUUCUGGAUUCCGCAUUGAUGUAUUCACUGCUGCUCUUAACUUGCUGCCAUACGCUGUCCCAUAUAAAUUGCUUCCAUUUGGGGAUGGCCAUAACAAUCCAAGUGGUACUGAGCUUGUACGUUUGAUCUCAGCAGGGGUUUAUGAUGCUGCAGUGGGUGACAUAGCAAUCAUCACAAACAGAACAAGGAUGGUUGAUUUCACACAGCCAUAUAUGGAGUCUGGACUGGUUGUGGUCGCCCCAGUUAGGAAGCUGAACUCUAAUGCUUGGGCAUUUCUAAGGCCAUUUACUCCAAGAAUGUGGGGUGUCACAGCUGUCUUUUUCCUUGCUGUUGGUGCAGUCGUUUGGAUUUUAGAGCAUAGAAAAAAUGAUGAUUUUCGAGGGCCUCCUAGACAACAAGUUGUCACUGUUUUCUCGUUUAGCUUUUCGACGAUGUUCUUUGCCCAGAGAGAAAACACUGUCAGCACCCUUGGGCGCGCCGUGCUGCUUAUAUGGCUUUUUGUGGUUCUUAUAAUAAACUCAAGCUACACUGCAAGCCUGACCUCAAUCCUUACAGUGCAACAACUUUCUUCUCCCAUCGAAGGCAUUGGCAGUUUAAGAGCAAGUAAAGUUCCCAUUGGGUAUCAACAGGGUUCGUUUGCUAGAAACUAUUUAGUUGACAACCUGGGCAUCGAUGAGUCGAGACUUGUACCUUUUAACUCACCAGAUGAAUAUACUAAAGCAUUGAAAGAUGGUCCAGAUAAGGGUGGUGUUGCUGCAGUAAUCGAUGAUCGCGCUUAUGUAGAACUCUUCCUCUCAACCAGAUGUGAAUUCAGUAUUGUAGGUAAAGAAUUCACUAAAAAUGGCUGGGGAUUUGCCUUUCCGCGUGACUCACCUUUAGCAAUAGACAUGUCAACGGCAAUUUUGAAACUGUCAGAGAAUGGUGAGCUUCAGAGGAUUCAUGACAAAUGGCUCUUGAGAAGUGCCUGUAGUUCACAGGGAGCAAAGUUAGAAGUUGAUCGGCUGCAGCUUAAAAGCUUCUGGGGACUUUUCUUGCUAUGUGGAUUAGCUUGUCUGUGUUCUCUCUUCAUAUAUUUCUCGCAGACGGUUCGUCAGUUCUGUCAGCACUGUCCUAAUCAGGAUUUAGGGCCAACUGGUAGAAGUUUGCGAUCUUCUCGUAUUCAGACAUUUCUUUCAUUUGUUGAUGAAAAGGAGGACGUAAAAGUCCACUCAAAGAGAAGGAAUAUAGAGAACCUAACAGAAAAAGACGCUGAAAUGAGUAGUUCCCACUCCAACAGAAGGCAAUGCAACUAUUACAGUCUUGCUGAAAGUGGAGGUGUUUGAUCGAACAUCAAUGUUCAGAAUGUAGCACUAAAAUAUACAACAGCCUUGUAAUGAUUUCAGUGAAGGAAGAACAACAAACAUACAGGGUUACUUUGCAGCCAUAAUUAGAUUAAUUAAAACUGACUUCAUACA